CAUUUUCUCUCACCCCCCAAAAGCCAAAAAUCUCUUCUAAACAUUUUCCCUAUACAAAAUCUUUGAAUCUUUGAUUUUCAUCAUCCCCUCUAGCCUCUAUCUCUGCAUGCAAAACAAGAACGUAAGAAGAAGAGAAGGAUUAUAAAAUUAAGCCCUUCUUUUACUUUCUUGCUAUCUUGUUUUGUCUAUUCCUCUUCAAGAAAUUAAACAUUAUCAUCUUUUUUUGGAAAAGGGAAAGAGCAGAAAAGAUUAAUAAUGGCUAGCAUGGAAAAUAUAUGCAACGUGGUGCAUGAGAUGAGGCCUCUUUUGCUUAUGAUUUUAGGGCAGAUAAUACUUGCUGGAAUGAAUAUUGUGUUCAAACUUGCCACCAGCGAUGGGAUGAAUUUUAGCAUUUUGAUCUUCUAUCGUUGUCUCUUCGCCUCUGUAUUCAUGGUCCCUCUUGCAUUCUUUAUUGAAAGGGGAAAAAGAGCCAAGUUAACAAAGAUGGUUAUAUUUCAAGGAUUUCUUUGUGGUCUACUUGGGGGUUCAUUAGGACAAAACAUGUACCUACAAAGCUUGGUCUACACAUCAGCAACUUUUGUCUCAGCCAUGUUCAAUCUCAUUCCUGCCAUAACAUUUGUUGUUGCCAUCAUAUUGAGGUUAGAAAAGUUGGGCUUGAAAACACCAGCAGGUAAAGCAAAGGUAUUGGGGACACUCGUUUGCAUCAGUGGAGCAAUGCUCCUAACACUAUACAAAGGGCCAGAGAUAAAUAUAGGGAAAACAAACAUUAACCUGUUGCAUUCCACACAUCAUAAGGGAGAAAGUAAACCUUUAGCAGGGGCUCUUCUUGCCCUAGCUGGUUGUACUUGCUAUGCACUGUUGUUGAUUGUUCAGGCUAAGGCAGCUCAGCGAUAUCCAUGUCCUUACUCAUUCACUGCUCUACUGAAUGUAAUGGCAGCAGUUCAAUGUUUUGUUGUUGCAGUAGUUGUGGAAAGAGAUUGGAAGGAAUGGAAAUUAGGGUGGAACGUUCGACUUCUUGCUUCAGCAUAUACAGGGAUUUUUUGUUCUGGAGUACUUUUUACCAUCAUCGCAUGGGUAGUCCGUAUGAAAGGUCCAGUAUAUGUAUCCGUUUUUAACCCUUUGAUGCUUGUGAUGGUGGCAAUUUCUGGAUACUUGUUCUUGGAAGAAAAGUUGUACCUCGGAAGUGUGCUUGGAUCAAUUGUGAUAGUGUGUGGACUAUAUGUUGUCUUGUGGGGGAAAGAUAAAGAAAUCAAGAAACUGAGCCAGUUGGUGCCGGAUAAAGAAGAGACUGACAUAAAAUCUUCAUCAGUUAAAGACAGUAGCCAUGGUGGAAGCAGCAAAAGGGAGGUAAAAGAAGAUGAAGGAGAAGAGAAUAAGAGGGAUUCUCAGGCUGGUUCUGAAAUUUUAGGAGGUACUUAUCACUAAAAGAUGAAGGAUUAUUAUCAUCAAAAAGUGAUAAAACAAGAAAAGACAAUUUAUUCUUUAUGAUGGCCGAUAGAGGCAGUUUAUGAAGCUGCAUUUUGCAACACUAGCACAAACUAGCUAAAGUUUUGCAGUGACUAUAUGACAUGCUAGAACUAGCAAUGAAGUAGCCAUUUUUGAUCAUCUUGUUCAAUCAUUAUUUCUCAAGUCUUUUUCUUCUUUUUGGCCAGAAAUGAUAUAAAAUGUAUAGAAAGGAAAUGAACAACAUUUAAUUGAAAUGAUAUCAUUCUCCUUCAGUUUUGA